UGGCCUUUGACUCAUGUCGCCGCGCGUCGCAGCGCCAUCGAUGAGCUGCAGGCUGCGUCGAAAGGAGCUCAUUUGGAUCUUAUCUCCGGACUUGGCUUACAGCCGCAGCGGCUGCGCUGCGCCUCGCUGCGCGCUGCGCGCUGCAGUAGUGCGCGCAGGUGACACUCUGAAGCUCACCGGCGCUGCUCCCAGAGCGCUGGGA